AGCUUUGUCGCGCCUCAAUAUGGUACAGAGUGAUCCCAAGCAAUACGCCAAAGACCUCCAUGCCAUGGCAGAUGAUCUCACUGCCAUGAUUGACGAGCUGAACUGUGAUCCCAUCAUUGUCCGUUUUGCUUGGCACGACAGUGGGACUUAUGAUAAGUCCCUCCCUUGGCCGGAGUGUGGUGGGGCCAAUGGUGGAAUCAGAUUUGAUGCCGAACUCAAGCAUGAGGCAAAUGCUGGGUUGGCCAAAGGUCGAAGAUUCCUCGAGCCCAUUAAGGCCAAGUACCCCGGUGUGUCUUGGGCCGAUACCAUCCAGUUGGCAUCGGCAUGCGCCUUGAAACACUGUGGGGGGCCUGACAUUCUCCCCAAUAUGAAGUUCGGCAGGAAGGACAUCUCUGGUCCUGAGGAGUGUCCUCCCGAAGGGAGACUCCCCAGCCCUGACGGCGCCGCCGACCAUUUGAGGAAGAUCUUCUACCGUAUGGGCUUCAAUGAUCAGGAGAUUGUCGCUCUUUCUGGUGGUCAUACUAUCGGUAGGGCCUUCAAAGAUCGUUCUGGCACGGUUGAGGAGGCUGCUGGACGCGGUACUCAAUACACCAACGGCAGCGAGGUGGCUCGUCUUGAUGGAAAGGAGGGUAUCGGUAUGAAGGGCGGCCGCUCUUGGUGCAGGAAAUGGCUCAAGUUUGAUAAUGAGUACUUCAUCAACAUCAUGGAGGAUGCCAAAAAGGACUCCGAUGAGGACAACGGCUUGCUGGUGCUGAAGACCGAUAACGCUCUUGUCACAGAUCCUUUCUUCAGAGAAUAUGUUGAACUUUAUGCAGAGGAUAAUGAUAAGUUUUUAGAGGACUAUGAGAAGGCUCAUAUCAAGCUGAGCGAGCUCGGUUCUGAGUUCAUCGUAGAUGGUGGCAUCAAAAUGUGAGGUUUUCGAUGAUUCUCAUCGCGAUUUGCGAAUGGUCAAAUUUUUCAAACAUGAAUUUCGUUCUAUGCUCGGUGAGUCGGCGGCCUUCCAUAUGUCAAAAAGGCACUCGUGAUUCAAAAGUCCAUUCAGAUGAAUCUGUUGUGCCGUAUCAGUCUCGCGAGCAAGUUCCGGACUAGUGUGAUUAUGGAUGGCGAAUGGCAGUGCUACCAUCACCU